GUUCAGGAAGAAGAAAUAAUGGCGACGCUUCUGGGGUCCGAGUCCCCCUGUACUGCAGGAAAACGAAGAAAUUGCCACAGCAAUAUCAUCACAAAGUUCACGGCUAGUAAAAUUACUGGCCAGGGUUUCAGUCGGGGGACACAGCUCCCAGGAGGCCUGCUCCAGGAGAGAGAUAAACGGGCCAAGUGGCAUGGCAUCCCUACUCUGUUGCAGAGGCUCUACGAGAGCAGCCAUCCCAACAGUGACCUCUCCCUUGCUCACAGCUUUCUUAAGGUAUUAUCAUCCCAGCUCUCCAUGGAGGCUAUGUCUUUUGUUACCGAGGACAGGAAGACCGCUCAGGAAUCCACCUUUCCCAACACGUACACCUUUGACCUCUUUGGUGGAGUCGAUCUGCUUGUGGAGAUCUUGAUGAGACCCACAUUAACUAUGCAGAAGAAAAAACCCAAUAUGAAUGAUGACCUGGUCAAAGACUGCCUUAGUGUUCUAUACAACUGUUGUAUAUGUACGGAGGGGGUCACAAAGAGCCUGGCAGCAAGGGAUGACUUUGUUCUGUUUCUGUUCACCCUGAUGACAAAUAAGAAGACUUUCCUACAGACCGCUACCCUAAUUGAAGAUAUUCUUGGAGUUAAAAAGGAGAUGAUCCAGUUAGAGGGCAUCCCCAACCUGUCAGGCCUGGUCCAAAGCUUUGACCAACAACAAUUAGCCAACUUCUGCCGCAUCCUGUCUGUCACCAUCUCAGAACCCGAUGUAGGAAAUGACGACAAGCACACCCUGCUGGCUAAAAAUGCACAGCAGAAACGCAACGCUAGCCCCUCACGGGCAGAGGUCAACCAGGUAACCCUGCUGAACAUCCCUGGCUUCAUUGAGCGGCUGUGUAAACUGGCCACUAGAAAGGUGUCUGAGGCCACAGGAGCUAACUUCCUGCAGGAGCUGGAGGACUGGUACACAUGGCUGGACAAUGCUCUGGUCCUGGACGCCCUCAUGCAGAUGGCUACAGAGGAGGCUGAACAAAGCAGUACAGAGUCAUCAGAUGAGAGCUCCCUGGCCACCAGCCCUCUGAGACAUCGACUGCCCCAAUCCAUGAAGAUUGUCCACGAGAUCAUGUAUAAAGUGGAAGUGCUCUAUGUACUUUGUGUCCUUCUUAUGGGUCGACAGAGGAACCAGGUCCACAAGAUGCUGGCCGAGUUUCGUCUUAUCCCGGGGCUCAAUAACCUGUUUGACAAGCUCAUCUGGAGGAAAUACACUGCCUCAAAUCACGUCGUCCAUGGCCAGAAUGAGAACUGCGACUGUAGUCCAGAAAUAUCCUUCAAAAUCCAGUUCUUGCGGCUCCUUCAAAGUUUCAGUGAUCAUCAUGAGAACAAAUACCUCCUGCUGAAUAGCCAGGAGCUGAAUGAACUUAGUGCCAUAUCCAUGAAGGCUAACAUCCCUGAGGUUGAAGCAUUGGUCAACACAGACAGAAGCCUAGUGUGCGAUGGGAAGAAGGGCCUCCUCACACGUCUCCUCACCGUCAUGAAGAGGGAGCCUCCAGACUCAUCAUUCAGAUUCUGGCAGGCAAGGGCAGUGGAAAGUUUUCUUAGAGGAGCCACCUCCUAUGCAGACCAAAUGUUUCUCCUCAAGAGGGGACUACUAGAGCACAUCCUAUUUUGCAUCAUAGACAGUGGCUGCACAUCUCGAGAUGUCCUACAGAGCUACUUUGAUCUGCUUGGAGAGCUCAUGAAGUUCAACAUUGAUGCCUUCAAAAGAUUCAACAAAUAUGUCAACACUCCAGAGAAGUUUCAGACCUUCCUGACGCAGAUCAACAGUUCUCUGGUGGACUCUAACAUGCUGGUGCGCUGCAUCGUCCUUUCAUUGGACCGCUUUGAGAGCCAGACUGAAGAUGUCAAAGUGGUUGAGGUACUUUCUGAAUGCUGCCUGCUGUCCUACAUGGCCAGAGUUGAGAACAGGCUGUCCUUCCUCUUUCGACUGAUCAACAUCAUCAACGUACAGACACUCACACAGGAGAACGUGAGCUGUUUAAACACCAGUUUGGUGAUCUUGAUGCUGGCCAGAAGAAAGGCUAAACUGCCCUUCUACCUCAACGCCCUGCGGGAGAAGGAGUAUGCUGAGAAGUACCCAGGCUGCCUGCUCAACAACUUCCACAACCUACUGCGCUUCUGGCAGCGCCACUACCUCAACAAGGACAAAGACAGCACCUGUCUGGAGAACAGCUCCUGUAUCCCCUUCAGCUACUGGAAGGAGACGGUGUCAGUGCUGCUGGGCUCAGACAGGACUUCUCUGUGUGCCAUUGCGAGCUACAUUGAUGAGCCCUUCAUGGAUCUGGACAGAGACCUGCUGGAAGAUUGACCUCCAGCGUGUGCACACAGUGUGCAGGGGGUGGGACAGGGCGGAGGGUCACAGGGAGCAUGGACACCUAAAGCUGGUGAUGACUCCACUGAGCUGAGCCAUCCAGGCGCUUCAUGACUGCGUUCUGGAUGUAAAGACUCACCUGUUUGCUGUCUGUACCUUCGCAUCGAGGCCAUCGUCACGGUUGUGAUGGGACAUAAAUUUGCCUGGCUAUCAUCUUGUCACUAAGUUACCGUCCUCUUCUUCAAAGAAAAGGGAGGGGGACCUGUUUGCCCACCCCAAAUUGCCCACAUCGUUUAACAGACAAUGAAAGGACCUUGUGAAAUGACACCUGCAUUGGUUGUUUGCUUUAGGUGAAAUUCAAAUAGAGCCUUUUAUAUAACCUAUACAAAAUUCUAUGAAAAAAAUAUGUAUGAUUCAACAAAGUAUAUGUUAGAAAAAGAGUCUUUUCACGUGGACUUGGUUUGGAAAUGGCCACAGAUUGAACUGUUGUGCAGGUCAGUGGUGCGUCACAGGGCUGCCAGGAGUCAGCGGCCUCACUCUCCACUACCUACACACUCUGUGAUGACUCCACGCCCCUCCACUGCCUGACCUGCGUGGGGAAACUGGUGAUGUUGGAGUUUUUGCAGAGGUCUUCUCAACGAACAGCAUUUUCAUUUAACCCGUCUGUGGGUCUAUUUUAUUAGGUGGCUAUUGUCGAUCGGUGCUUUCUGGCUCUACUCAGCACAUUUAGGUAGCUUGUGAGCCGGCUGACAUGUUUCACAAAUCACACGGGGCUCCUCUCACCUAAAACCAUCCACACUCUGUCGUGGCUUCAGAAGCUUCACCCAGGGACUCGUUUUCUUUACCAGGUUUUUUUUUUUUUUUUUGGUUGAUUUACUUUUUGUCUUGUUGAAAACAAUGGCUUUUAGCUCUGGAUAAACUGUAGAAUAAAACAUUGCACAG